GCACGAUGGUAGUAGUGUACUCCGGAUCACCUGCCUACGCCUGGUACUACAAGCAGAUCAUGGCCUUCACGGCUCUUAGUCUUGCUGGCUAAAGAACGAUCAACUUGAGCCAGCUGUGGACACAUGUAUGUAUGGUAUGGGGCGAUCCCCAAACUUGCACAGGGGACUAUCUCGCGAUCUACCAGAUCCUUCCAUCUCAACCAAACAUUUACCGACCACUUUCUUCUCAAAUAUCGGUUUCCGCAAGAAAUAUCCACUCACAUCGAGGAUAUGCCUGUUCGUCCAGACAGAACCAGACAUUUAGGUGGGUGUCGUGGCCGUAGCAAGGCGUUGAUCUGCGAACGCCCGCUUUUGGUCAAUCUGGGUGAUGAGAAUUGACUUUGACCAUUGCAUGAUUGUCGUCUCAAGUGAAUAUCCCUUCCAGAGUAGCAUGUGGGUAAGAGGAUUCUUCCGAGGAAUCUUCCUAUUAUUGGUUCUGGCCGAAGUGUGAAAUGAAAGGUCUCAUGAUUCCUGACAGCCUGAAAAGACUGACAAAGUUUAGAACAGUAUAAAAGCCGAGGGCCCCAGUCACAGUGUUGACUUCUUCCACUGACGAAGUAUACAACAGCAUAGAGGUUGAGGGCCAAAUUCUCAAUACGGACUUCUUCCUAACCGGAAGGAUCCGACAGUCCCAACACUCCUCAUCCUCGGCUCGAGUUGGUUUCGCGGACAACUCACCGGUCAUUGUCCCGAAAUACUUCCAGUAUUCGAGAGUCAUGAGCUUUUGGUAUGGCAUCGGCCGACAACUUCUGACUUCGAAUUCCAAACGCUGAACACUGGCAUAUGGGAACAAACCCCAAGGACGAUGAGGGAGAUGGGACGAGGGCGAACGGGUGCUCGGGUUCAUGUCCGUCGAUGACACGUCAGUGUGCACAUACGAUGACUGAGCUACAGACUUGCCAGCUCUUUCGGUAUCGGGAUCCGAUGACUGAGGCAUUGCAACGUCUGCUUUAGUUGGGCAUGCCAGAAUGCCAUGCCACCCAGCCUGCCAUUAGAAAAGGGCUUUGGAGUUGAAGGGUCAGUCACAGCUCUCCGCUCGUGUGGAUGGGUCAGUCAUAAGAGAAGCAGAAGAGCCGGCCAGAGAAGAUGGAUCUGUUUAUUUGCUGAAUUCUCUUUUGAGUGGAGGUGCGUUCAAUGCUUAGGAAAUUGCACUGAUCACAGAUGACAGCUUAUCAGCUGAUACGCUCCUGCCUCUGUGUGAUGGGAGGCAACAAUUACCAUCAACGGGGCUUUCUUGCUAAUAGAGCAGACGGCAUGCUCUUAUGCUCCAGACAGCACCCUUGCAAAGCUCUCCCUUCCAAUGCAACUGGAAAGGAAAGACAUGCGGUCGGUUGACAUUAUUGCCCUUCGAUAUUUGCACAUUGCAUAAGUCCAUUUUGCUCAGCGCCUACGAACAGUCAGAGGUUAGCAAGUCUGCUGGAGAUGUUUAUAGCUCGUCGGCAUAGAUACCCUCCGCAACAUGCAGCAGGAUGUCCUGUCAGCCGCAAACCUCCACCGUGCAAGCCAGUCCACGGUCAGACGGCCGAGUCUCGAAUCAAACAUGGGACGAUACUGCCUAUGGACCUCCGUUCUCCUCUCCGUGUAUCCCGGGGCCAUAACUUCCACCCCCGGAUAGCCGACCUCCGAGAUGCCCCUGGAGUUUGUCCCUAACAGCGUUAUACCCUUGUAACCAAUCAAGCACAAAAGGCCCAGAGGCUGAUAGACAAACGAAAUACGGUCAUCAAUCUUUGGGGAAAACAUACGGCACUUCUCGGUACAAUAUCAGGGAAUCCUGCCACGACAAGACAACAUACACAUCUACAGAACGAACCCGUGCCCUGUAGCGAGUGGCCAUGCGGUGUAUGAUUGCCGGUUUAGUAGCCUUGUCCGAGUCUAAAGCGGCAACGAGAUUGGAUCCACGUUAGGGGCCGAGAAGAACGGCAACUUCUGAAGCUGAUGGCGAUGGCGCGACCGGUCAGGGCUGACGGAAGACGCGGAAGAUCAUUCUUGACAGUGGUUCACGCCUUACGUGUCCACGACACUGUCUCCUGGAACCAGGUCUCAUGCCAGUGUUACAAACAUAGGAGAUCAGCAAAAGCUGGAAGCAUAUCUGCCACGGUUAGACCUAGAGACCCUGUUCUCACCAACAAACUUUGCACGUGCGUACAGCAACAGGGGUACAAAUGCAACGGGCUCUCUUGCCCAGCUGGCCCUGUGCGGCUGUUGUGUGUCAAGAGGGGACUCAUCAUGCAUCGCCGCACCUACCUGAGCAGUCAAAGGCAGAGAAAACUGGGUUCCAAAAAUGAGGACCUAAGUCAAGUGUCUUGGUGACAAGAAAAUCGCCGCAAAAAUUUCUUGGGAGCUUGGAGAAACGUUGAUUGAUUGGCCUGGUCAGUCCCCAACCGAGACAUCGAAGAGCCUCCAUGCGGCGCCCAGAUACCAAACGAAACCCUAUACAGGGACCAAGCGUCGCUAAUGCGCGGUCAAGGAGCUUCCGCAGGGGCCACCAGCGGAAACUUUACUGGUGCCAAAGCUGCUAUCUGGGACGAUCGCCGACAUCGCCUGUUGGGCAGUUUUAGCGCUUUUCCUGCCCCGGAAGCGAAACGAGAGCCACGUACGCCCAAGACUCCAAAAUAUUUGACCAAAAGACGGGGACCGGAGGCGGACAAUAAUAGAGCCACUUUUACAUGCUAACGGUGAGUAGCAGUCUUGUCCUCCAUUUGUCGUGCACACGACAGGAUAACGGACGAGAGGCCGAGCAUGAAGUGACCGAUUAUCCCCGUCUUCUGGUCCAGUUGACUUCACGUCGUAACCAAACCUUCUCUCCCUCACUCUCUCCCUGUUUUCAAUUAAUUGUCCUUUGGAUACCCGGGUACCCAUAACCCAGAAUUGUACUUUUGUCACCAUUCCCAAUUGCUACUUUUGCUGGUCUUAGCCCAAAUUGUGGACUAUCCGAUGUCGUUCGCGAGGCUGGCCCAGUGCUGAGACACUUCGACACUCUACUCAACACCCUCGGCGUGCGUCGCUGUUUUGAAGAACCAAUUCCCAGUCCUGCCAACGUCUGUCAGAACUCGGCUUCUUUGUUCGGUGGCGUUGAGUGCAACUGAGCGAUUCUUCGUCACGUCCCUGUCAUGAUUUAACCAUGAAAUCCGAAGAUGCUGGGUUUGCGAAGGAACCUGCGCUAAAGGAGGAGAGAGAGUCGUUCUCAAACGCGAAUGACGACCUUCUCGAAAACAACCAUCUCUCUCUCCGAGAUGCGCCAGUCCGAAUCGCCUCCAAGGCUCUGACUCUAAUGCGUCCUGGCCAUGCCUAUCGGAUAGGCAAGAAGAUAGCGUACUGUUUCGCACCGCAGCUGUUACGGUCAAAGAUAUGGGACGAUGCCGCGCCCAAACCCAAACAGUUCCCGACAAGCUAUCUCAAUGGUCUACGAGGCCUCACGUCGGUCAAGGUCUUUACCUUUCACUACACCAUGGUCUUCAGUGACUUUGGCUUCCAGCCUUGGGGCACCGACGCCCGACACACGCAUUUUUUAGAAUUGCCCAUCGUCCGUUACUUCUACGCGGGGUUUACAGCACACAUAUUCUUCGGUAUCGCAGGGUAUCUAACGACCUUGCGCCUCUUCUCGUUAAUCGACAAACACGACCAGGCCUCUCGGGAAAAGGUUUUGAUCAAUGUUUCCGGAGCGCUGUUCCGUCGCGCCUUCAGACUCUACCUUCCGACGAUGAUUGUCACCCUGAUCACGAUGCACUAUAUAUGGUUUGGGUUUUACGAGGCCAACCGCCCCUUCCUGCUUGAUCAUGAAAGAUAUUUCCCUGGAGACUGGAACGAACCAAAACCCGAGAUAUUCCCAUCAUACUACCUCCAACUGUGCAACUGGGCGCGCGAAAUGUUCGAUCUGACCUACAUCAUGGCCCAAGGGGCCGUCUAUCCCUACCACGACCAACACUUGUGGUCCAUACUAGCCGAGAUGAGAGGCUCGUUAUUUUUGUAUCUAAUACUAAUUGCGACAGUGCAGUGUCACCGGAAAGUCCGAUUGGCAGCACUGUGCAUCAUGACCGUCAUGUUUUUCCUUUGGAAUCACUGGGAGAUCUGGGUUUAUAUUCUGGGAGCGAUCGUUGCACAGCUGGACCUGCUCCUCACGGAACGAGAGCAAGAGAAGAAAAUGACUUUGGUUCCAGAACGACUUCUCCCGCCGUCUCCUCCUCGCUCUCCCAUGGACGAAAAGAUGACAAGACCAGAUGCAGAUGCAUAUACAUGGUCCUCGUCCCGUCCUCCCAUCAACAACACCACGAUCUGCGCCUACCUGUCGAGGCAUUCCGACCGUAUUUUACGAGUGUUUGGCUUCUUGGUCGCAUUUUAUCUCCUGUCCUACCCGAUCGACGGCUCUCGAGAUUACGCUCCCGGCUACAUGACGCUCAACCUGUUAAUUCCCGAAUGGAUGGAUCGCAAGGACAAAUUCUAUCCGAACAUUGGCACCGGUCUCUUGCUGUUCCUGCUGGCGCGCUCUGACCCGGCCACCUCGACGUGGCGGAGGAUUUUGAAUAGCGAUCUCGCCCAAUACUUUGGCAAAAUCAGUUUCGGCUUGUAUCUGGUUCACGGUCCCAUUCUUCAUGCCGUCGGGUACAUGAUCCCCCAUCGCAUCUGGUGGGCCAUGGGCACCGAGGGCAUCAACACCACCAAUGGACCCUGGAUCUUUGCCAUCAUGGUCGGCUGGGCCAUUAGUUUGCUUUUGUCGCUGUGGGCAGCCGAUGUCUGGUCCCGAGAGGUCGAGAGUCGUUGCGUCAAGGCGGUCAAGAAGCUCGAGGAAGUCUGUUUCGUAAAGAAAUAGAAUAGCACAUUCAGUUUACGCCAUCCAUCCGUUUGUCCGUCCAUUACACUUUCUGGUUGUUGUCCAUCCAUGCCGUGGUGCAUUUAGCGAGGAAGAGCAAGAGGAGAAUCGGCGUUAUAAGAUCGCAGUGCGGCGCGGAACCUGAGUAUCGUUUCGUUUAUUUUGUCGAACUGGCCAAACGAUAUGCAUAGGCCACCUCACCUAGUCCCUCGUGUACAUACAACAUACAACUUUCAACCUUGAGCAGUGGUACAGUCAGUGGGCGGUGCCAAACCCGUCGAGCAUGCAGCACGUGCUACUAGUAGAAGGGUGGAGUACAUAUACCUUAUAUACUUAUGGAAUAUAAUCAAUGGCAGUCCGUA